GGCAAGGGUUGCGGAGCGGCCCCGACCCGGGGGAGGGCGAACAAAGCGGCGGGGCCGGGCGGGCGGGGAGGGGCCGGUGGCGGGUCCCUCCCCAUCGCGGUGCGCGGGCGGCGAUAAAAGCGGGGCCGCGGCGGCGGAGCGAGCACCGGAGCGGGUGGACAUGGAGCGCACCGGGAUGUCGGUGCUGCUGCUCCUGCUGCUGUGCGCCACCGCGGCCGCGGCGCCGGCGGGAGCGGGCCCCGGGGCCGAGCGGCGGGCGGCGGGCAAGGAGCGGCGGGCGCAGUUCGCCUCCUGGGACGAGGUGAACGUGAUCGCCCACGGGCUGCUGCAGCUCGGGCACGGCCUCAAGGAACACGUGGACCGCACCAAGGGGCAGAUGCGGGAGCUCGGCAGUCGCCUGAGCGCCCAUAACAGCUCCCUAGGGCGGCUGCUGCGGCAGGCGCGGGAUGCGCAGGAGCAGGGCGAGCGCCUGCGGGACAGCGUGCGGGAGCUGGAGGGCCGCGGCCGGCAGCUCCUCAACCUCUCCGAGGCUUUGCGGCAGCGCCUGGAGGAGGUGGCGGCUGAUAAAGCCGAGAUCCAGGGGCGGCUGGAGCAGAUCGAGGGGCGCCUUCGGCUGGCGCUGCAGGCGAGGCCGGCCGGGAAUCAGAGCGCCAGGGACCUGGGAGCACUGCAGUCCCUGAUGGAUGCUCAGAACUUGCGAAUCGAGGAGCUCCUGCAGAAGAUCAAGCAGCAGCAGUACAAGCUGGACAAGCAGAAUCUGCAGAUUAAGAGCCUGCAGAGCAAGGUCAAUCUACUGAUCCCCUUCCACCUGAAGGACAACAAAACACAGCCUCCAAAGUGGAAGAUAAACCUGAAGAGCCUCAGCCUCAUGAACCAGAGCCACAACACCAGCAGGGAGCCCGUGCUGCUGCACAAGCUCCCGGAGGAUUGCCACCAGCUUUUCCUGGCUGGGCAGCAGGGCAGCGGCGUUUUCCAAGUGCAGCCUGCAGGGUCCCAGCCCUUCAAGGUCUACUGUGACAUGACCACAGAAGGUGGCUGGACAGUGAUCCAGAGGCGCACAGACGGCUCUGUGGACUUUGACCAACUUUGGGAUGCCUACAAGAAUGGCUUUGGAGACCUUCGUGGUGACUUCUGGUUGGGCCUGGAGAAGAUACAUCGCCUUGUCCAAGAGGGAAGAUACAAUCUCCUGAUUGAGCUGGAAGACUGGGAGGGAAAUUCCCAGGUGAUUCAGUUUGUCUUCAGCCUCGGUGGUGAGAGCACAGCCUACACGCUCAACCUGCUGGGACCUCUGUCUGGAGAGCUGGAAAAUGCCAUCGGGGACUUCAGGCAGCUGCCGUUCUCCACUCGGGAUCGGGACCAUGACCUCAAAGCUGACACAAACUGCGCCAAACACCUCUCAGGGGGCUGGUGGUUCAGCACAUGUGGCCAUGCCAACCUCAACGGGAAGUAUUUCCGCUCCAUCCCGCGCCAGAGGCAUGAGCGCAAGCAGGGAAUCUUCUGGAAGACAUGGAAGGGCAGGUACUACCCACUGAAGUCAACCACCAUGAAAAUCCAACCUGCAGCACUGGAACCAGAGCCCUAAAGCUGCCACUUGAGACUUUUGACCUUCUCUGCAGAGCAGACCUGAGCUCCAUCACUUGGUGUUUACAGCAAACAAACCCAUCGUCCCCAGGCAAGUCCCUGAGGAGUGUUUCUCUUGGUUCACAGCCCUUCAGUGGUACAACACAGCUCCUGGCUAGAAGUAAAACAGCUCCUUGUCGCUGAAACCCCUGGAUGGGAGCUCCCAAACCAGAAGGGGAGCCACCAGCAGGGAGAUCCACGUCCAGAGCAUGCACAAUGGUCUUCCACCCUCCUGUGGCAAGCUGUCUGGUGCUUUCUGCCCUGUCUGAACACUUCUGUGCUGGUUUCGAUGAGCUGAGGCUGAGGGGGAAGGGAAGCAUGUGAAGUGUUUCACUACCCUGAAUCCAAGCAUUGGGUAUGGGGCCUUGCUGUGUCCUGUCUUUCACUGUUGCUCCCAAGUGUUGUCCUAUGCACCCUCCUGUGAAAGUCCCUAGAGCCUCCUUCCCUCCCUGGUCCAUGGGGCAGGGAGCUUUGGGCAGUUCCAUUUGUGCAGCCCCUGCUCUGGUGACUUUAACCCACUGAGAAGAUGGAUUUUGGUGGGAGGGCUGUAGGACAUGCUGUGCAGAAGGGAGACCUCAGGCUUCCUUAGCUUCCCUGGUGCCCACAGCUUUGAAACCCUACAAUUCUGGCUGUGCUGGAAUUAGCUGGGAGCUGGGGAAUCUGCUUCCAGCUCCAUGAGAUGGUGGGUGGGAUCCUACAACCACUUGCACAAGGGCCUGAUCCUGCAGGGCUGAGUCUUAAGCUCUGCCUGAAGCCUGCCUUAUUGCUGGAGGGGGUUAGGACAAGUGCUAGGAGAGCACAGGUACGAAGCAGUGAUGGUCCCUGGGCAGAACCAGCCUUGCUGUGGGCUGUAAACCCCCUGAAGCCUGGGGAGCUGCCUUCUCACAACAGACUCCCCAUACUUUGCAGAGUGAGUAGCACCAUCCCAUCUGCAUGCCCCAAAACUUGCUCUAAAGGGCCAGAAGACAACAGGCUUUCUCUGCAAGAGCUGCACCAACCUUGUUGGGUACAUAUCCUGACGUCACCUCUGCCUUUGGGGAGGGUGUCUGGGGAGAGGUGGGCAACAAGAUGCCGUCUUGGGGCUUCCCAAGCAUCCCACCCUAUUGAAGUCAUAUUGACUAUGAUGCUAGAGCUCCUAGCUGCUAAAUAUUGUAAAUAGGCAUUUGUAGGAUGUUCGAUCUUGUCGAUGGAUUUCCUGUUCUCUAAUUUGCUUCCAUAUUUAAAUGCAGUGUUAAUAACAAUGUGGUGUAAUUUAUAAAUGUUCAUGCUGGAACAACCCAACCACGUAGUUUGUGUAUUUUAAACUUGUUUUUUUGUACUAAGCUAUCUUUUCUGAAGAUGUCUUUUAAUAAAAACAAGCCUGUACCUGU